AUGGCCCACGAGAAGCAGAACGGAACAUUCACCUCGAAUCCUCACCAUGCCCCUCCGUCCACUUCAUUGUCCAGGCCAUCCCGCACUGGGAUCUGUCAUUCUCAGCAGAUGCUCAAACAUUGGAAGCCUGACGUCCAGUUCGAUACGAUAAAGGAUCAGGACGACGAGAAUGAAGAACCCGAACGGCCCUCCAGAAUCGCUAGGAUUAUUGCGCAUGUUUCAAAGCAAAAAUUGACCGAUAAUUUGGAGCACAUCAAAAUUCGAAAGGCUACCAAGGAAGAGAUCAUGUUGGUUCAUAGCGAGGGACAUUGGAAACGAAUAGAGGAAACUGCAACAAUGUCGCUACAAGAUCUAAAAGAUCGCUCCGCGUAUUUUACGCGUCUGUCGCUCUACGUGAAUGGAGACACGUUUGAUUGUGCCCGACUAUCCUGUGGAGGAGUGAUCGAGAUGUGUCGCGCGGUGAUGGACGGGAAAAUUAAGAAUGGCUUUGCCGUCGUCCGACCCCCUGGACACCAUUCUGAACCUGAAGACCCUUCGGGUUUCUGUGUCUUUAAUAAUGCCGCCAUCUCGGCUAAAUGGCUCAGAACGGUUUAUCCUGAUAAAGUGAAGAAAGUGCUGCUGGUAGAUUGGGAUGUGCAUCAUGGAAACGGAAUUCAGCGGUCCUUCUACUAUGAUUCGAGUGUUUUGUAUAUCUCUAUCCACCGGUUCCUACAAGAAAAUCGGAGUGAAUACUUCUACCCGGGGACCGAUUGGGGAGGCAGCAAUCGAGUGGGAGACGGUGAUGGUCAAGGCUUCAAUGUCAAUAUUCCUUGGCCGGAGGGCGGAAUGUGCGACGCCGAUUACAUCUACGCUUUCCAACGUCUCGUCAUGCCCAUAGCCAUGGAAUUUGACCCGGACUUUGUCAUCGUUUCCGCCGGAUUUGAUGCGGCCAAGAAUGACCCAUUGGGGGAAUGUAACGUCACACCUGAGGGAUUUGCUCACAUGACUCACAUGCUAACGUCACUGGCAAGCGGAAAGACCGUACUUGCACUUGAGGGUGGUUAUCACCUGGAAUCUCUGGCAUUAUCAGCUACUGAGUGCAUCAAAGUCUUGAUGGGUGAAGCACCACCCAAGCUGGGCUGUGCAAUGGUUGCUAGUGAUGUAGCAACAGAGACCGUAGACGAGUGCUUGAAAAUUCAAUCAGCGUUUUGGAAAUCACUGCCUCGACAGGGACUCUCUGCUAAGUAUGAGCUUGAGAUGGAUGGACUCAGCAUUCCUCUCGGGGAUGUUCUCAAAAUGCAUCGCUCAUAUGAUCUAUACGAAGCUCAUGGACUGUGUACCAUUCCAUCCCAUGACCAACAAUCUUCUGGCCUCUCAAAAUCUUACCAGAAUCAAAUCAUGGUCACAGAUAAUGUUUAUGACUGCAAAACUCUAGUCUUGUUCAUGCACGAUCUAGGAAGCCUCCGGAAUGAAAUCUUCACGGAAUCGGCGAACCUGAAAGACGAAAAUGAAGCACUCAUCGCAUACAACAAGGUUCUGAUGGACUGGAUCCGGAAGAAUGGAUACGGACUGAUCGACGUCCAAGUCUUGCCCUCGUAUCUCUCAGACCUGGUCCUCGACGGAAUGGCGAAGAAAGCCGAGCAAGCGAAGACGGUCAAAAGGAUGGUUAAUUGGAUAUGGAACCAAUUUAUCUCAUUGUCCGAUUGUCAAAAUCUCAUACUGAUCUGUUUGGGAGAAGGCUGUGCUGCGCUUCCUGUGCUCUUUGAUAUCAAAGACUUCUCUGAUAAGUUGAAGGCCUCGGUCCACAUCCCUAGUUCCAGGCAGCCUCCUCUUGUGUUUCCGAACGACUGCAACUGGCAUAGGGCGAUAUCAGCUGGAUUCUUAGGUUCGACUGAGGAAGAUCGAGCGAAGAUCCAAAACACGGCCAAGGAGUAUUCUUACGGAAAAGUCAGCGUAUCUGACAAGUUCAGGCCGAGCCAGAUCUUGCGAUCAGAGUGGGACAAGAUCACCGAGUUCAUCCACGCCAAGUUGGCCGGCGAUCUGCCCCCCAACGGACCCCAAACUAAUGGUAAUACUCUCAGUCGUCGGACCUCUCAGAUCGCCAGCAAUGGUCGCCCAAUCCCCAAUGGUACUCCUAAUGGCCUUCGUUCUGAGCCUCCUGCUCUGCCGAUGGAUCUUGAUUAGUCCUUGUUUGAUUCUUCAAACUUCCCUCUUCUGCUGACUCCAAACAUUUCAAUGUCUGAUCUUUGAAGGACUUCCAUCCAUUUGGAACUUUUCAUUGGUUUAUCAUAUCCAUUACUUGACCCUUUUUGAUCCUUGAUAUAAAUACCUACACUUUUUUUUCUUUUCUGACUUUACAAUUGUUACUUUACUUCCCCAAUUCUCCAUAUCACUACAUAUACCUGUUUGUUCUCUUUUUCAGCUUUCUCUUUAUUUUGUUUUUUAAACUUGAACUUGAACUUGCAAAAAAGGAGACAAAAAAAAUGCACCAAUUUUGUAAUGAUCUCAAUGUGUAUUGUUUUUUUCUUUUCUGCUCAAACGUUUGGUCCUAUUUCAUACAUUAAAAGAAUCAGAAGGGUAAUGAAAAUGUUUUUGCUAUGGUGUAAA